GUCACCCGGAGUAGUCUGGGUUCCCCAGCGUGUGGCGACGUCGGCUGGCGCAUGAGUCUUGUGAAACCUACGGGUAAAACAUUAAUGCCUAUCUGCACGCACAAACUAUUCCAGUGUACCAUCUCUUCUACUUGUCGUUCUCUAAGUGGUUGGGUUGUUGGUCCGGGUACAUUUGUGCAGAUAAUUGUCAAACCGGUUCUGCUUCCACCUUUUUUACCCAGUAUCGGUGUGGAAAUGACCGGUUUCGUUUGA